AUGGCCAGUGAAUACGUGUCAGUAUUAAUUGGUGGCAUGUAUAUAGUGAUUGGUAUAAUUGGAUUUAUUUUGAAUUUAGCAACAGUAUUAAUGAUAGCAACAAAUCGUGUUUAUCGUUUAUCUGCGUACACAUUAAUGGCCAACUUGGCAUUUGCUGAUACAGUUAUGAUGCUCGUUGCUGGUGUUAUUUGUGGUGGUUCUCUAAUUAAGUUGUCAUCAAAAAUUAUUCCUAUGAAUAUUCAAGAUGCACUGAACUCGUCAACUUCGAUUGAGAGCGAAGCAUUAUCGUUGCUUCAAAUUGCUGCAUGGACAGCGGGUAUGGUUAGUUACGCGUUUCUGGGACUUAAUCGAUGUGUCGCAAUAUGUUUUUAUGGAACAAAAGCGAAAAGUUUGAAUCGCGUAUCAGUGGCAAUAUUUGGAUCAAUCAUCACAUGGUUGAUUGGUAUAAUCACGGCAUGCAUUGGAACAAUACCGGAUCCUCUAAUGGGUAUUAGAAGAGAUAUGUGGACAGCUCGCCUGACGUUUCAGUUCUUCUAUCCAUCCCUGAUAUGUACAGUCUCAUCGGUGGUGUAUUUCACGAAACCGUUUUUGAUUCAUUUGUUAACUGAAUGGCAAUUUGUUCUUCUACAUAUAGUUUGGUUGUGCAAUCAUAUGUGUAAUCCAUUCAUCUAUGCUUACUUCAACGAACGUAUGCGAAUGUCAUAUCGCAAUUGGUUGACGUGUGCUACACUUCGCUAUAUCAUCAGCAAAAAGCGAAAACAAAUGGGUUUUGUUGGUGGACGUCGGUUGAAUGCAUCAGCCACGAACGGAUUGAUUCACUUACUGUGGCUGCAACAAUUUUUGUUUAGGCGAUCAGUGGGAGCGAAUGCAAGAGCAAAUCGUAUGUCGACACGAUCAGGGAGAAUCACAUCUGACGGUAAUUUCGUACGCAACAGCCUGCAAAUGCAGAGUCGCGACUUCGAACAACUAUGCGAAUUCAUGGUGCGUGUCAAUCCUUCGUAUGACAGUAGCGAGGGUUGGCGUGAAAGCAGCGAUGAAGAAGAGGAACAAUCAAACAUUGAAGCGCACUGCACUCACAAUCAACCAAUACAAGAACCACGUUCAAUUGUGUUGGGCCUCGGCCGUCAAACCGUUCAACAUUGGGCUCAAUUUGCCAAGAAAGCCAGCAUAUAA